AUGCCAACUCCAAAAUCGGUUUUGAGACCACAGAUCAAAAGACUCAUUCGCCAGAUUCCACAGUCAUCACUCGAUCACCAAUCCCAGCUCAUUUUAGAUGUCUUGAAAUCGGCGUUACAACCCUACUCUUCUGUAGCAUGCUUCAUGGACAUGGGUCGCGGCGAAGUACGAACUUUACCCAUCAUUCGGUACUUAUUUGAUGCUAACAAAAGAGUGUAUUUGCCAAGGUGCACUAACACCAGGGAAAGUGGACACCAGGUUUUGAGGGAAAACGUCGAGUCUCAUCCGCACCUGACGUUCCAUGAAAUGCAUAACAUGGCUCAAGUGGAACGUUUGCAACCGCAGGGCAAAUACCAGCUGCUCGAACCGCCUUUGGAAGAGCCACAUCCACAUCCUCCGAAUCUCGACGUUGUUCUGGUUCCAGGCGUAGCGUUUUGUCUGAAAACGGGGGCAAGAAUGGGCCAUGGCGCUGGAUUUUACGACGAUUUCAUACACCGGACAAUACAUCAGCAUGGAAAACGGCCUCUUUUAGUAGGUUUGGCACUCCAAGAGCAGAUUGUCCCUCACGUCCCCACUGAGGCUCACGACCAUCACAUGGACGCCAUAGUACGUGGCGAUGGCACUAUUCAUUGGAUCGAAUCAAACCAGACUCGUACGUAA